AGAGAGAGAGAGAGAGAGAGAGAGAUUGAGAAAAGUUUGCUGAAAAAAAAGUAAGAUAUCUUCUGCCAGAAAAAUCAAGGAGGAAAACAAACCAAACAAACAAAAAUCAUUUCCUGAUUGUUGCUCUAAAGCUGCUGCAUCUGUCUAUGCCAAACUAAUCAAUACCAAUUGCACCACAGAACCCAAUUGCAAAUUCAGCUGUGAGGAGAUUCCCUUUCAGACAAUUUGCUGAAAGCAGCUUGGAAAUUCUGUGUCGAAGGGUCUGCCACGUUUUCAUGCUUGUGUUUUGGGCUCCAAAUUGGCACUGAGAAUGGGUUAUUGAGAGCACAAGGCUAGUUCCCGGCCCUCCUUUUAAACACUGAUACACUUGUGAUCCUAGCAUUUCUCUUAAGUCCCAAACCUCUUUCGAUGAACAGUUUCAUGCUGUGAAUUUCUAGUGGGAUCUCUUUUCCUUGAUAUUGACAACACGAUUUUCCAUGUACCUUUAAAGAGCAGGGAUUUGGGGACAGAGCAUUUGAAGAGGUGACAUUUUCAUCAUUUACAGUCUUAACAGUUUGGCUUUUUUGGGGGGGAGGGCUCGGUUUUGUUUGUUUGUUUCACUGAAAAAAAAUUAACUACCUGUAAAAUCUAAACAUGGCUGUUAGUGUCACGCCAAUUCGGGACACCAAAUGGCUCACACUGGAAGUGUGUAGAGAGUUCCAAAGGGGCACUUGCUCACGAGCAGACACGGAAUGUAAAUUUGCACAUCCAUCGAAAAGCUGCCAAGUUGAAAACGGACGAGUAAUCGCCUGCUUUGAUUCAUUGAAAGGUCGCUGUUCAAGAGAGAACUGCAAAUAUCUCCACCCACCCCCCCACUUAAAAACACAAUUGGAAAUAAAUGGACGCAACAACCUGAUUCAGCAGAAGAACAUGGCCAUGCUGGCCCAACAGAUGCAACUUGCUAAUGCCAUGAUCCCUGGCGCCCCGCUACAACCUGUGCCAAUGUUUUCUGUUGCCCCCAGCCUAGCCACCAAUGCGUCAGCCGCCUUCAACCCCUACCUGGGACCUGUUUCCCCAGGGUUGGUCCCAGCAGAUAUCUUGCCAACUGCACCGAUGCUGGUUACAGGGAAUCCUGGUGUUCCAGUACCUGCUGCGGCAGCUGCUGCUGCCCAGAAAUUAAUGAGGACAGAUAGACUGGAGGUAUGUCGAGAGUAUCAACGGGGCAAUUGUAACCGAGGAGAAAAUGACUGCCGAUUUGCUCAUCCUGCUGACAGUGCUAUGAUUGAUACCAAUGAUAACACUGUCACCGUGUGCAUGGAUUACAUUAAAGGGAGAUGCUCUCGGGAAAAGUGCAAAUAUUUCCACCCUCCCGCCCAUCUACAAGCCAAGAUCAAGGCUGCCCAAUACCAGGUCAACCAGGCUGCAGCUGCCCAGGCUGCAGCCACUGCAGCUGCUAUGACUCAGUCGGCUGUCAAAUCACUGAAGCGACCCCUCGAGGCAACCUUUGACCUGGGAAUCCCACAAGCUGUUCUUCCCCCAUUACCAAAGAGGCCUGCUCUUGAAAAAACCAAUGGUGCCACGGCGGUCUUUAACACUGGUAUUUUCCAAUACCAGCAGGCUCUUGCCAACAUGCAGUUACAACAGCAUACAGCCUUUCUCCCACCAGGCUCAAUCUUGUGCAUGACACCCGCUACAAGUGUUGUUCCCAUGGUGCACGGUGCUACGCCCGCCACUGUGUCCGCUACAACAACGUCCGCCACAAGUGUUCCCUUCGCUGCAUCAGCCACAGCCAACCAGAUACCCAUAAUAUCUGCCGAACAUCUGACUAGCCACAAGUAUGUUACCCAGAUGUAGAAAUUUCAUCACCAAACAAUCAUACUAAAGAGAAGAGGACAGUGUGCUUGGUUAGAAUAAAGGACAAGGUCGUUAGCCAUAAUGUAUAUACUGUCACGCAACACACCCAGCCAAACCCUCAGCCGUAAAGCAUCCACCUAUUGCAUGUUAUCAAGAUGAAAAGACAACAUGGAAACCCACUGCACACUGUUGCCUAGAUAUUUUGUAUAUUGAAUUGAUAUUUGUGCUGAGGUGAUCUUAAUGUCUAAAAGAACAACAUUGUCUCUCUUUUCUAGCACAGAGAGAUGCAUAUGUAUUUUGGUAUGCAUCCACCUAGUUAAUUUCCUACAUACUCGCGCCAUCUUGAAAAGACAGACUAUGGUGUAACCAUGAUUCUAUCAUGUAUUGGUACGUCUGUAGACCAAGAUAUAAUUUUUUUAAAAAAAUAAGUUUAUUUCUUUCAAGGUUUACAAAUAACAAAGGUGCACCUUGUAUUUAAAAUUGCCAUUAUAGACAAAAGUGUGCAUGCACAGUCAUUUUUGUUGAAGAGUAAUAUUUUUAAUGUAAUAGAUUGUAAGAGGUGGUGAGGGAGGGAUCUGACAGAGAUGAAUGUGCCAAGCAAAACCAUAGCUGUGUAUAUUUUAAAGCACAUCAUGGCUUUAAGAACCAUGUUGUUGAAGAUUCUCAUGAAGUGCCAUAGACUGUACAUCAAAGUAGAGUAUUAUUUCUUCAGUGUUAUUAUUUUCAGAGCCACGUUUCGUUGCUUACUUGCUAAUACCGAUCAGUCAAAGGGCACCAUUCUUUUUUCGAAACCAAAGCUGUCUCAGAAAUGGCCCAUUUAACCAUACAGUAACCAUAGGCAGCACAAGACAAACUCUCAAAUAAACACAGAAAACUCACACAUACUGGAGAUAUAGAGAGAGAUAGAUAUAUAGAGAUUAUAUAUAUAAAAUUAUUUUAAUGCAUUGUAGUGUAAUAUUUAUGCAUAUUAUACUGUAUAACAUGAUACUUAAAAAAAUAAAAAGGGAAAUGCCAUUUCUGAGACACGGUAACAGGAAAACAAUGUUUGAGGAACUUGUUUUGCUUCUAUUUAUAGCCUCUGUCAAAAGUCAAAAGACUAUAAAUGCUUUGCAAAAAUAGUUUCACUUUGUUUCCAUUCUUCAUUACAGUCACAUUCAAAAUGGUGACUCUAAACAAAGAGGAAGGCAGCAGCACUGUCAUUGGAUGCAUGUUAAACCAAAAUAUAAAAAAAAAAAAUGGUAAAGGUUUAAUUAAGUAGUAAUUGGGCGGGUUAAGUACUCGGGUGAAUUUUAUAUGUGAUUUUUUUUCUUUUUUUGUUUCUGUUUUGUUUUGAUUAACUGCUUAUAGCCUUAGAAAGCCUUUUACAAAAUUAAAAAUAUAUAUAGAUGUGCAUUCAGUUUUUAAAAAUAGAUUCAUCCAAAGGAAUUCCUUUUUUCUUUUUUUCUUUCUUUCUUUCUUUUUUCGUGGGUUAGAUGUUGCAGCUAGUAGAGGAUAUACAUAUAUGUAUAUGGACGAAUAUAUAUGUAUAUGUAUAAUUUUUUUUUGCCUGUUCAGCAAUUCUGAGCAUUGCUGAAGUGGGGGCCAGGUCACUAGUAGUGUGGUGUGGAAUGGAAGAGGAGGAGGUUCCGUUAUAGAACCUUCCAUACUUCCACGUUUACGGCAAGUUUUUAUGCUCGAGAGAUAUGCUUUCUAGUAUAAGAAUGAUGUGUUGAUUUUACUGAUUGUACUGUACAUCUAUUAAAGCCUUAGAUUAUUACAUUACGGGUUGGACCCCAUACCAAUGUAAUUUCAAUCGUAUUAAGAAAGUAUAGGUGACUUCACAUGUUAUUGUAGUUAGUUUCAUGAUAGAAUAUUACUUAUUUUCCUUGUUAAAAUGUAGAUUUUAAUUUCCUACAUUUAUUAAAAUUGUUUUCAUUUUCUAUUAACAAUUGAAUACCAUUUCAGUUUAUAAAAUUUUGUUUUAUUAGAUUUUACUGAUGAAUUUUUCAAAAAACAAAAAAAUUAGUUUUUUUUCUUUCAUAACAUACUCAGUUUUGAAUUACAUGUAGUGUCAUAUAAGGAUUCGUAUUAUUGUUAACUAAAUGAUUUAUAUUUUACAGAUUUAAUAUUACAGUGUAAGAAUGUCAGUCAUUGUUAGCUCUUGUCUAGUUUUCAUUAAAAGAACAAAGAUCUUUUAUAUGGAUAUCUUAUAAUUAUAUAAUCAUUGCUAAGUAAGAAGUUAAGUUGUUGCUGUGGCAACAAUCCUGGCAGACAAUUGAGUAAUAUUUUGAUGAUUUAUUUUGUUUGUAAUUAGUUAUUAUAAGAAAAUCUAGAUCCUAGAUAUUAGAAUAAAAUUUAUUUUCUACUGUAUCCAUUUCAAAUGUUAAAGUAUUGUUUAAAUAUUUUUUGAAAUCCCUGAAUAUCAGGCCUUGUUAUAAUUAAGCUGCAUAAUCGAUAGAUCAAGGGAAUUUUUGUUGAUAAUCCAAAUACUCAAAGUUUACGUAACAAGAAUUUUAGUGUGUGCAAACUCUUGAGGGUUGAUUAUGCUGCAGUUUAGCAUGUUGGAACAUUGAGGAAAGAAGGUUGACUUUUUGCACUUCUGUAUAUAGUCAAAAAAAAAAAAGAGAGAAACCUGUAUAAUAGUGAGAUCUUAUUUUGAAUAAAAA